GGGGGACCGUUGGGGCGGGCGGCGGCCGCGGCGGCGCGCGCGGCGAGCAGUGAGUGCGGAGGCGCGGACGCGCGGCGGAGCUCGAGCUGCUGCAGCUGCCGCCGCCGCUGAGGAAACCUCGAUCCCCGCGUUCCGGACACCUCGGGCCUCGCCAUGGCUGACCAACUGACCGAGGAGCAGAUCGCAGAGUUCAAGGAGGCCUUCUCCCUCUUCGACAAGGAUGGAGAUGGCACUAUUACCACCAAGGAGCUGGGGACCGUGAUGCGAUCCCUGGGGCAGAACCCCACGGAGGCCGAGCUGCAGGACAUGAUCAAUGAAGUGGAUGCAGACGGAAAUGGGACCAUUGACUUCCCUGAGUUCCUGACCAUGAUGGCCAGAAAGAUGAAGGACACAGAUAGUGAGGAGGAGAUCCGGGAGGCGUUCCGUGUCUUUGACAAGGACGGAAACGGCUACAUCAGUGCUGCAGAGUUGCGCCAUGUAAUGACGAACCUGGGGGAGAAGCUGACGGACGAGGAGGUGGACGAGAUGAUACGGGAGGCCGACAUCGAUGGAGAUGGCCAGGUCAAUUAUGAAGAGUUUGUACAGAUGAUGACUGCGAAGUGAGGCCCGGGCACUGGCCACGCCCCUUAUCCUGGUCUCGCGCUCUUCAACACUCCCCGCGUACCCCGGUUCUAGCAAACACCAAUUGACUGACUGAGAAUCUGAUAAAGCAACAAAAGAUUUGUCCCACGCUGCAUGACUGCUCUUCCUCCUUCCUCUCCCUCCUGUGCCCCUCAUGGCUUCCUUUGGCCUCCCCCUUCCGUUCACAUCUUCCAGGCCCGAUGCAUUCACAAAAUCCCCCCCUCCCCCCAUUCCUCCCGGGGAGCCUCUGCCCUUCUUCCAGCCCGGGUGGCUCUCCUCCAUUUCGGUUUGUUUGCUUUUGUUUGUCCUUUUGGUUGCUGGGGUGGCUGCCAGCUCCGUCCUGGAGCCGUGGAGAGGGACGGAGGCCCUGGCCCAGGCAGAGGAGCAUGCCUUUGCUGUUGCAUGAGCCACCUCGUGCUUCCAUGCACAAGCCCAGCAGCCUGGGGGGCAGGGCGCGGGAGGGCCUCAGAGGACCCAGGAGCAUCAAGAAUUGUGGCAGUGACAGGAUGUGGCCCAGGACGGGGGGUGGGGGGGCAAGAAGACUUGGGGAGCUGGCAUUCCUUUACCACCUGAGGGGCUCGCCAGGGCGGGCAGCAUCAGGUCCUGCUGGCUGGUUCUGAGGUGGGGCCGCUCUGCAGGUGGCCCUUGCCCGUGUCCCUCCAGCGGCCACGCUGGCCUGCACAUACCUGGUGCUAACAUCCCACGCGGCUCUGCUCCCGUGGCCAUGGCCCGCCACAGCCAGCCUGGAACAGUUGCUGUGUGACGUGCUGGUUAGCCUCUUCUUUCUCCUUUAUGCUCCUUGAGAGCUUGAUUUUGUCCCAACCAUGCCAGGCCAGCUGAAGGGUGGGGAGAGGGGAGACAGCCACGCCACGCUCUCAGCACAAACCUGCAAUAACACGGUCACCGCCCCGCAGAGCAUGGAGCGGGCAGCCCCUGCCUCCGGCCUGCCGGUGGCACCGUCCACCCAGCUCCGCCCCUCCCUGCGCUGCCUCUGCCCCCUCGGCCCCUGCCCUGCCUGCCCUUGCCCAGCGGAGAGCAUGGUCCGCGCCCCCGCCUCUGGGACACGUCAGUCACCGUGGGCACUUGGGUCUGGGUUUGUUUCCUUUUUCUGUUCUUUUCAUCUGGCCCCCCAGGUGGAUCAGGUGGCUCUUCCUGCCCAGCUUGGAGACCUCUCUGCCCUCUGGCAGCAGCCUCAAGAGAGAAGGGAGGGACAGGGGAUAGUGGGGGACCCAGCCAGGAGCUGAGGGCAAGGGCAGGUAGGCAUGAGGCCGUGGACAUACCGGAAUGUUUUGGGUUUUUUGUUUUAUGUUGUUGUUGUUUUUUUUUUUUAAACCGGGCAAUAUUGUGUUCAGUUCAAGCUGUGAAGAAAAAUAUAUCAAUGUUUUCCAAUAAAAUACAGUGACUACCUGA